GUAAAGCAUAGAUAUAGGAUUGCACCAAGUUCGAAAGGUGCUGAAAAAAGAAGAAGCUCAGCCAUGUUACUUCUGGAGGCAAUGAAAAAGGAUUCCCCAAGAGUAGAGAAAACCGAGGUCAACAUUCUUACUAAAUCCCAGGUUGAUGCAGAGCUUACAAAGAUGAGGGGCAUGACUCCACAAGAGGCAGCUGCAGCUGCUGCACAGGCAGUUGCUGAGGCAGAAGCUGCCAUUGCUGCAGCAGAAGAGGCGGCAAGGGAGGCAGAGGCAGCCGAAGCUGAAGCAGAAGCCGCACAAGUUUUUGCCAAAGCAGCGAUGAAGGCAUUGAAAUAUAUGACCGAAAAUUAGCACGUCGCGACAAGAAUGAGCAAGAACCAUGCACGGUACUUUAGAUAAGGGCGAUGUGUCUUCAUGUGUCUGUUUAUGUAAAUAGAGAUUUAGGCUUGUAAAUCUGGAGAAUGCGAAUUGUAAUGUAGAUUUGCCUUGCUCUUUGGGGUUCUGUACCCAAGGAGUUUCGGUUUCAGAUUCUUGAAAUGGGAACAAAGAACAAUGCAAGGACUUUUGAUGCCCGAGGAGAGAUCCCCAUGUUGUCACUGCUUUUUGAUCUGAGGGGAGAACAACGUAAUAGAAGAAAUGCAAUUUUAUGACAGUUCUUCCAUUUUGGUAUUUUGGUCAUCUUUAUACCAGAAAUACAAUUCUCAUCAUGGCAAGUCAUAGGGCUGUUUGUUUCC